AGAGAGAAAAAAAAACACCCUUUCUUUCAUGAGUUGGAGUGAGCCGUGGCUUUGUUUGUUACCAUUGGAAACAGAGGCUGUUGGACAAAAACAUAGGGAAACAUAGUCUUAACUAAGUAAUCGGCUGUCGGUUUUACAGGUGGUUCGAGCUGACGGAGGGUUCACGUGGGUGCACGGAAUGAUUAUUUUGUUCAACGAGAAGGAAGCUCAGCAAUGCCUACGCAGAGCUGCCGAGGGCUAGACCCGCGGAGUUUCGUGAUCAUUCAGCCCUUGCCCUCCCCGCCUCUCGGAGGGUUAAAGAUUCAGGCGAGAAGCUUGACCUCAGAGCUUGGCGUCUACAAUCCCUGCGAGCCCAGCAGGGAGCAGAUUUUCCGAGAGAACUAUCGGCGCAGACAGAGGCAGCUGAGCCAGCAGGGAUACAGGUCUGUCAGCUGGAAACCCUAUCAGGAAAUCGGAGCGCCUCUCUACCUGGAGACCAAGAAGCUCAUUCUGCAUUCGCUGGGGCAGCUCGAUCAGCCACCUGCCCUCCAGGAUAUUACCGAUGAGACACACGGUACAGCGGAAGAAAAACUUGAAGAAGUAAAACUCCCCGUCUCCCCAGACGUCUCAAAGGAUGACAAGUUAUUCCCCGGAAAGCUGUUGCGUCUGACUCACGAGAGCAGAGAACUGAGGACCAUCCGUAAGGAUCUCGUCCACACAAGACAGCUGAUGAGCGCGGUGAGGCGGGGAGCGGGCUACUUCAAGUGUCUGAAGAAGGAGGAGGAGGAGAAGGAGGGCGAGUUGUUAGCCGCGAGGCGGAGGCGAGAGGAACAGCGCAGGGCGGCCUGGAACCCACCCAAACCUUCAUCAGACGAGGAAUCCGAGGGAGAGCAAAGUGACCCUGAAAACUUUUUUAAAACGGAGCCAGCGUCCUUCGAGGUGACCGGGCAAGGAUCAGAGACGGGCAGGUGGUCUUCAAGGAGGAAGAGGGUGGUGCCUACACGACCUUUUACCCCGAUACACUGCAGCCUGCUGUCAACCAGGUUGACGGAGAGAGAUGCCGAGACUCUCUUCCGCCAGCUCUGUGUGCUGAUCUGGCUGCUGGAGACAUUGACCGUCGAACCACCCAACGCCACGGGAAGCGUGUUGACCUGUUGGAGCGGCAGAGAUCCGGGAGGAACCAAAAGCUCAACCAAGAGGAUCAAUAAAGAUAAAGCCAUAGAAACCAAAUGGGAGCAGUUCGUGAUGCAAUCCAAGGGUAAGAAGCUGGGCCAUCGGACCCCCCGCAGGACAUCCUUCCACCUGCGGAAAACCUCCUUCGGGAGCGCUUCCCGGAUCAGCCUGAUGUCGUCUAACCAGACACUGGUUCCCGACAGCGCCUCGUCUUUGAUGACCAGCUCUGAUGAGCUGGCGGCCGGCACCUCAGGGCUGAACCUCGUGUGCGAGACUCAGGAGGAGGAAUCGGCCACCAACGGCUCCGUCAGUCACAACAGGCAGGAGCGGGAGGACGAAGAGCCGGUGACAGACUACCUGAGGAAACUGCUGGAGUCUGUGCACCAGAGCAUAGCGAAGGAAUUACACGGAGAAGAGGGGGCUGAGAGGAAGAACUGUAAGGAAAGCUCGGCUGCGGCUCCGAGGAGCGAGCAGAGGUGCGGGUGGACUGAUCGCAGUGUAGAACAGCAACAGCAACAGCAGCAGCAACAGCAGCCUGGGGUCUGUCAACCUGCCCAGCGACCCAGAAGCUCCCCGACACACCCCUUCUCGAACGCCGGCCGCUUUAGCGCCAGCAAAUCGAGGUUCUCGGCAGAUCUGCAGUCAAAGUUCGUCGAGGUAGCGGAGGAGGCUGUCUUGUCUCUGCACGACAGCCUGGCAUGUUUAGAGAGGAAGCGUUUGGACAGCGGCAGAAGCAAAUUGAACGCCUUAGACCAGCCGAGGAGCCCCCACACGUACGCUCAGGACUUGUGCCGAUUGGCUGAAGAGCCCGGGCCAGAUCAAGUUCAAGGCCGGGCAGAGACCUGGUUCUCUGGCCUGCUGUCCAGAAUUCCCGAGGGCCUGAAGGAAAAUCCGCAGAUCAGCCGGGCGCUGAGGAGACUGUCGAAGCUCGGAGACCGUCAGGACUUGAGGGUUCGAUCCCAGCACUUCCUUAGAGUGCUGAGCGGACUCCGAGACUGGGAGCUGUGCUCUCCCUAUGUCAGCUCAGCUAUCGAGUUUACACGGGACAAAGUGGUUCAGAUGUCAGCGGAGGAUUAUGACUCCUGGCUUCAGCUGCGGGUGGAUAUAGCGAAGCGAUGUCCGAGUGCACCACCACCCAUGAGGUGAAAGGUCAAGGGGCCAAAAACGGUCCCGCUUCCUGUUCGACGUAGAAUGUUCGAUGUGCGUGGAUUUCUUUUUCCUUUUUUAAUGAAAAAAACCAAUCGCGAUGCAUUUGACCGUUUUCUAUCCCAAACGCAAGUGUGUCGUUUGCUGUCCAGUGGAGAUUGUGUUAGUAUUAAUUAUUAUUGUUGUUAGAUCGUCUGCGGUUUGCAGUUGAGCAUUGCAAAAUAAACUAAAACUACAACAAAUUGCAUUGAUACAGUACUUUUCACGUCGAGAGAACGUCCCAAGGCACUGAAAACCACACCAACGGCACCAAAGGGCUUCUCACUGAGAGGCCAAGUAGUUUAAGUCAAACUGGUGCCAGAGCACACCAGAACCGAUCCACUUUUCCUAGAGUA